AUGAGUAAAGUUGUAUUCGUGGGGAAUGUGCCCUACACUAUGGGCGAGGAACAACUCAUCGACGUGUUCAAGUCGGUGGGACAAGUUGUCGGAUUUAGACUCGUGUUUGACAGAGAUACAGGAAAGCCCAAAGGCUAUGGUUUCUGUGAAUUUUCGGACCAUGACACCGCACUGUCGGCGGUGCGCAAUCUGAAUGGUCAAGACAUCGGCGGCCGGCCACUGCGCAUCGACCUCGCAGACUCGGACCCCUUCCUUGAAGGCAAAACUACAGUGCGGGGCGAGCUCAUCGACGGCGGCGAGACGCGUGCGCAGUGGCGAGAACGUGAGCGCGAGCGCGAGGACUACCGCUCGCGGCCAUACGACCCGAACGCGUUUCUCGCGAACCUAUCGCCAGGUGUGCCCGUCCCGCUCGGGUCCACCGCGCUCGACACGAUUAGCCAGAUGCUCGCCACGGCGAACCCGAGCCAGAUCCUCGAGGUUCUCGCGCAGAUGAAGGCGUUCGUAAUCACGCACCCGGAGCAAGCCCGAGCACUGCUCGUCGCGCAUCCGCAGCUCGGGUACGCGCUGUUCCAAGCACUUCUCCUCAACAAAAUAGUGGACCCGGCCAUCCUCCAGCGUAUGCUGGCUGCGACAAGCGCCUCCACUUCGGUGCCGCCUCAGGCGCAAGCGCCCCCGCCCGCUCCGUACCCGCAAGCUCCUCCUAUGCAGCAUCCGCAACCGAGCUUCAUGCAAUCCAUGCAGGCGCCUGCUGCGCCGGUACACCACCCCGCAGCUCCUGUGCAGCCGCCGUCUAUGUACCAGCAGGCUCUGCCUACACACAUGCAGUCUGUUCCCCCCCUGCAGCCAUCGUCAUAUUAUCAUCCUCCGGCGCCUGUGGCUCCCCCACCACAGUCCCAACAAGCACAACCGGCCGCGCAGGCAACAUUACCUGAGUUCAGUUCCGCGCAAAGAGAUAUGUUACUGUCGGUGCUUCAUCUGACUCCAGAACAAAUCAACACGCUGCCGCCUGCAGAACGCGAGCAAAUCCAGCAACUGCGGAGACAGUUCUUAGGAAGUGUCGCAUGA